GUGCCCGCGGCCGCCAUGGGCGCCGCCGUGUUCUUCGGGUGCGCCGCGAUCGCGUUCGGCCCCGCGGCCGCGCUCGUGCUGCUGACGGUGGCGGCGGAGCCGCUGCGCGUCCUCGUGCUGGUGGCGGGGGCGUUUUUCUGGCUGCUGUCGCUGCUCGCGGCCUCGCUGCUCUGGUUCGUGUCGGUGCAGCUCAGCGGGCGGGAGGACGCGGCGCUGCUGCUGCUCGGGGCCGCCGCCGCCGUGCUGCUGCAGGAGCUCUGCAGGUUCGCCUGCUUCAAACUGCUCAAGAAGGCAGAUGAAGGGCUGGCGACCCUCAGCGAGGAUGGGAGGUCCCCGAUCUCCCUGCGGCAGAUGGCUUACGUGUCCGGGCUCUCCUUCGGCAUCAUCAGUGGCAUCUUCUCCAUCGUCAACAUCCUAGCGGACUCCAGCGGGCCGGGCACCGUCGGGAUCCAUGGGGAUUCCCCGUACUACUUCAUCACCUCCGCCUUCCUCACCAUGGCCCUGGUACUGCUCCACACCUUUUGGGGCGUCAUCUUCUUCGAUGCCUGUGAGCGGCGCCACGCCGGGGGCCUGGGGCUGGUGGUGGGCGGCCACUUGCUCGCCUCAGGGCUGGUGAGUCCUGGGGGUCCCCGGGCUGGAGGAGACCUUCCUGAACCCGUGGUACGAGGCCAGCCUGGGCCCCAUCUUCAUCCUCACGCUCUGCACCGGCCUCUGGGCCUUCCGCACUGCUGGCGGCUCCUUCCGCAACAUCCUCAAGUGCCUCUCCUGUAAGCAGGAGCCCGAGGGCCGGGUCAUGCUCUACUCGGCGCUGCAGGUGCCUCCCAAGGAGUGAGGGAGCCGUGGAGUUUGUGUCUGACCAGUGUUCCUGGGGGGCCUUUGGGGUCUGACUGAUGCUCCCAGGAGACUCUGGGGUCUGACCAGGUCUGACCAGUGCUCCUGGGGGAUUUGGGGUCUGACCACCACCCCCUUCCCUUUGUUCCCAGAUUCUGGUACACCUUUCCUUCAGUUUGAGGCUCUGGGCAAGGCAGGGUGGGCCAGAUGCCCUGGGGGAAGUCCAGGCCUGGGGAACUCAGGGCAGCACCCCCCAUUCCCUCGUGUUUGUCGCCCUGGGGGGGUCCCUACCCCUGGUGCAGCCACUGGUGCUGGGGGUGAUGCUCUGGGGUGGGGGGCAGCGGGACUGGGGUGCUCUGCUCUCCUCACCCGUGUUCAGCUCCCAGGGGCGUUGGAGGUGCAGCGGGGGUUAAAUUAUUUUUCGAUUCAGAGUAAAAUCCUUUUACAAGA